AUGUACGGAUUAGGAACAAUACAUGGUGAAGCUGGUCCUUGUUUGCGGAUGUCCAUGUUCACUCCGGUCGUCCAUGGCUGCGUUGGAAACAACCAGGGACAUGUUGUGACGCAGCCAGUAGCUUCAAAACAUGGUGCUUACGGCACAGGAAAGGGCCUGGGUGCAAAAGCCAACACAGACCUCAUUGAUAAGCGAAAUCCAGGCAAGAUAGUUACGCAACGACUUCACUCAGUCAGCCGCCAGAGUCAUACACCAACGUGCCCUGGAAUCUCGCCUCAACAAAUACGGCAACCUCUGGCGAGUCCUCAUGACCACAGUCGAGCGAUUCCUAGAACGAAGCGAUCGACUCGUGGAUUUCACCGUGGCACUAUAGCAACUUCCCAAUUACGGUGGGGAGAUGUGCUGAGGAAGACGCAAGAUUCGGCUCCAUGCGAGAAAUUCCAUCACCCGCGCAUUGAAGGCUAUAUCGAAGAGGCGGAAGAAGACUGGUGGUACAAUAAGCUGUGCGAUGAGGAGCUGGAGGUGAUGGAUAUCAGGACGCUGAAUGGGCUGGUCAAAGGAGCCAUGGGCAUUCUGGAAGGAGCGGUUCGAAUGGAUCUCCACCGUGACGGCGUUGGAUCGACAGACGAGGAAGAUCGCGACGAAGCCGGUGGAACAGAUGACCAGCAUUGA